GAUUUUUUCGCGUGGUUUAUAUAGAAAUAUGAUACAUUAAUAUUUUAACAUAUAUAAUAAGGAAAUUUAAAUAACUGAUUAAAAAUGUCUUUUAAUGACACGAAGGAUGUGGUUAUGAUAGACGACGAGUAUCAAGUCACUGAGAACGACGAAAUAGCUGCCAUUGAUUACGAGUUACAACAAAUAGAGAGCGAUUUGCAGAAACUUGAGGAUCGUAAGAAGAUAUUGAUUCAGCGCAAGGAAAAGUUACGCGAUGACGCUCUUUUGAAAAAAAGUUUUUCCUUAUCCAAGAAAAAUUGGGACAACGAGAAAUUUGAUUGGUCCGCAAGACUCAAGAAAACUUUAAAAGACGUUUUCAAGAUUGAGAUGUUGCGAGAGUUACAAUUACCAACUAUGAAUGCAAUUAUGUCCAAAGAAGAUGUUAUAUUAAUUAUGCCUACAGGUGGUGGUAAAAGCUUGUGUUAUCAAUUACCGGCUGUAAUCAGCAAAGGUACAACUAUAGUAGUUUCGCCAUUAGUGUCUUUGAUGGAGGAUCAAUUACACGGGUUGCACAAAUUUAACGUAAAAGCUACGAUGUUGUGCGCAAAGGCAGAUAAAGAAAGUGUCAAAAUAACCAUGAAUGCGCUUGUGGAUAAAAACUCGGAUCUAAAACUCAUUUAUGUAACGCCAGAGUACAUGGCAAAGUCGAAUCGUUUUAUGAACAAGCUGCAAAAAGCGUACGAGUUGGGACGUCUGGAAUGUUUUGCUAUAGACGAGGUACAUUGUUGUAGUCAAUGGGGUCACGAUUUCAGACCGGAUUACAAGUUCUUAGGUGUGCUGAAAUCCAUGUUUCCGGGCAUACCGAUUCUAGGUCUCACUGCCACGGCUCCGGCUAAGAUCAUCGUAGACGUACAAAAGAUGCUGGACAUUAGCGGUUGCCUAGUCUUACGCGCUUCGUUUAACAGGCCCAAUUUAUAUUACGAGGUUCGUCGCAAACCAGUGGAUAAGGAUACGUGUCUCGCGAUGAUAGAAAAUCUCUUGAAAAAUCGAUUCGCUGGCAAAUCAGGCAUAAUCUAUACAACCACGAUUAAGGAUGCUGAACAAUUGACCAUGGAUUUAAGAAAUAGAGGUAUUAAAGUCGGAUGCUACCACGCGAUGCUCGAAGCGGAGUACAGAUCGGAAGUUUAUUUCAAAUGGAUAUCGGGCAAGUAUCAAGCGGUGAUCGCGACCAUCGCUUUUGGAUUGGGCAUCGACAAGCCGGAUGUGCGAUUCGUAAUACAUCAUUGCGUUUCCAAAUCGAUGGAGAAUUUUUAUCAGGAAAGCGGUAGAGCGGGCAGAGACGGCAAAAAAUCGACAUGUAUCGUGCUCUACAGAUUGGCAGACGUAUUCAAAUUGAGUACUAUGGUAUUUCAAGAUAAAGUCGGACUGCAAAAUUUGUACAAAGUUUUGACGUAUUGCCUAGAUCAAACAUCCUGUAGACGAAGCUUAAUAGCGACUCAUUUUGAGGAAACUUGGAAUGCGAGCGAUUGCGUCGAAAUGUGCGAUCAUUGUAAAAAGCCGAUUACUAGAAAAGAGGUAGACAUAGGGAAAUAUUGCAGACAGCUGUAUCAAAUUAUGACAAAGGCUGUGCAAAACGAAACACGAUUGACAGCUCUGAAGCUUGUAGAUGCCUGGUACGGCAAAGGUGCCUCGUUGUUGAGAGUACCUAAUGUGCCCGUGCCAAAUUUUGCGAGAGAAACCGCGGAGGCUAUCAUAGGACAUUUGCUAGUGAACGGUUAUUUGCAAGAGGACUUUCAUUUCUCAGCGUAUUCUACGAUAUCAUAUCUUAAACGCGGUCCUAAAUCGGGAUUAGCUAUCAACAACGAACACAAGAUACUCUUCAAUUACGAACUGUACCAAUGAUCGAGAAUAGAAAAACAACGGUAAAGUAUGAUGAUUAAACAAUAAAAACACAAAAUGAUCAGAUGUUUGCAACUAUAUUAUAGAUACUUUUUUCUUUUUCUAAAUCUAUAUUCUUGAAAGAA